AUGGCUAACGAACGCAGCGUGUACUCGUCUGGCCAGUUCAUGAACCCAGGCCCGGCGCCACGACCCCCAACCGAUCGUCCUCGUCUCGCCCUCACGCCAAACAAUAACCUCCCCGGCAACCUUCCCGGCAAUAUGGCCAACAUGGCCAUCUCCCCCAUCAGGAGCACCGCGACCUCUACCUACACCGGCUCCACUAUCUCGCUCCCCAUCGCCCGCCAGCAGUCCAACCAGAACGACGGCAUGGGCGGUGUCGCCGUCAAGAAGGAAGGAUGGGCCUCGGUCAAGGAGUCCAAGAACUUCAUCAACCCCUGGAAGCAGAAGUACCUCAUCCUGAGAAAGGAAUCGCUCGAUUUCCACAAGACCGAGGGCGGCAAGGUCUCGUACACCCUCUACCUGAAGGACGUCGUCAACGUCGGCCGAGUCGAGGCCGCCGGCACCAUCUUCGAGAUUAAGAGAAACCCUAGUGGCUCGUCAAACAGCCCUGGCGAAGACGACGGCCAGACCAAGACCCUGCAGAUUCGCGUCAAGAGCGACGACGAUUUGUACGAAUGGAUCGACCUCAUCUACGGCGCCUGCCCUGGAAUGGGUGGUGUCAGCAACCCCACAAACUUCUCUCACGCCGUCCAUGUCGGCUUCGACCCCCAGACCGGUGAGUUUGUCGGCUUGCCGCCCGAAUGGUCGAAGCUCCUCAACUCGUCUGCCAUCACCAAGGAGGACUACGAGCGCAAUCCCCAGGCCGUCUUCGAGGUCCUCGACUUCUACUCCGACCUGACCAAGCGAGCCGAGAACCCCCAGCAGUACUCCAGCCUCACCCCGACACCUCCCGCCAGCAGUCAGCAGAACAAGCAGCUCGGUUAUGGCGGCGGCGGCUCCUCCGUUGCGCCCCCGAGGCCCAUGCCGCCGUCACAGGCCCAGCGUCAGCCCAGCUACAACACGCAGCCCUCGGCUCAGGGUCAACAACAACGGCGGCCCUCGCCCACGGAGCAACAGCAGCAACGCCAGCAGAUGCAGGGCAUGGCUACCAACUAUCAACCCGAUCCUCGCGAAGAGCAGCGCUUGAAACAGCUCGAGGCCCAGCGCGCCCGCGAAAGGGAAAUCGAAGAACAGAAUCGCCGCGACCUCGAGGUCUUCAACUCGUCCAUCCCCAAGACCAAGACACCCAUGGCCCAGCAGGAGAUCGGCGGCUUCAGCGGCAGCUCGUCCAUUCCCCAGACAGACAGAUACAACCCUUCAAGGGCAGCCCCCCCGGCGCCCAAGCCAUCACAGCAGCAACAGGUCAACGGCCUUCGUGCGCAGCGGCCCGCCCCUUCACCGCCGACCGCCGGUACCCCUACACGUCCCACCAUGUCUUCCCAGCAGAGCUCGAGUUCCAUGCGGGAUCCCAACCAAGCCCAGCGGGUGCCCCGGCCAGACCAAUCGUCCAGCCAGCAGCAGCGCUACCCCAACGGCAGCCCACAGCAGUCUAGGCAGCCUCCCCAGGCUCAGGCCCCGCCGCCAUCUCGCCUACCUGCUCCUGUUAAGCCUCUCAAUGUGUCCAAGGCCCAGCCCGCGCCGCAAAGCGAUGCUGUCAAGGCCGCGGAAGCGGCUCUCACCGCCAAGCCACCUGCGCAAGAACGCAAGCAGGACGUGCGCAUGUCCACCAUGUCUGAGAGUGAAGUCAUGGCUAAGCUCAAGGAGGCCGUUUCCAAGGACGACCCGAAUCUUUCCUACUCCAAGCAAAAGAAGAUUGGACAAGGUGCUUCCGGUUCCGUCUAUGUCGCCAAGGUCAAGGAGGGUGCCGUUUCGCCCAUUGCUCGUGAUGUUCUGCGGGCUCAGGGCCUCAAGGCCCAGGUUGCGAUCAAGCAGAUGGACCUCGCUCACCAGCCCCGGAAGGAGCUUAUUGUGAACGAGAUCAUGGUUAUGAAGGACAGCAGACACCGCAACAUUGUCAACUUCUUGGACGCCUUCUUGCGCAACAAUAACGCCGAACUCUGGGUCGUCAUGGAGUACAUGGAGGGUGGUGCCCUGACUGAUGUCAUCGAUAACAACCCUAGCAUCACAGAGGAGCAGAUUUCCACGAUUUGCCUCGAGACGUGCCGUGGUCUGCAACAUCUUCACUCCCAAAACAUCAUUCAUCGCGACAUCAAGAGUGAUAACGUGCUCCUGGACGCUCGUGGCAACGUCAAAAUUACCGACUUUGGUUUCUGUGCCAAGCUUACCGAGUCCAAGUCGAAGCGCGCGACGAUGGUCGGAACGCCUUACUGGAUGGCGCCCGAGGUUGUCAAGCAGAAGGAGUACGGCCCCAAAGUCGACAUCUGGUCAUUGGGCAUUAUGGCUAUUGAGAUGAUCGAGUCGGAGCCACCGUACCUGAAUGAGGAGCCCCUGAAGGCCCUGUACCUGAUCGCCACCAACGGCACACCACGCCUCAAGAAGCCUGAGAAGCUGAGCAAGGAGCUCAAGGCCUUCUUGUCGGUUUGCUUGUGCGUAGAUGUCAAGAGCAGAGCGUCCGCCGAUGAGCUUCUCCAGCACGACUUUCUGAAGCACGGAUGUCCGCUGGGCAGCCUAUCGGAGCUCCUCGCCUUCAAGAAGCAUGCCAAGUAA